UAUUCAACAAUGCAACCCUCACAACGUUUAUACAUCCACCUCCCAGAAAAAUAUGAAGAUUUUAAAAAAUCGGGUGAAUGGGACCAUGGGAUUGUCAUCACAGAUUUGAAUCCAUUGGUGACACAGGGUGAGCUUCACGACUACUUUGAAAAAUUUGGGACUAUUACAGAAUGUGUAUUCACAAUCGACAAGUCAUCAGGAUGGCCAAAGGGUGUGGGCUUUGUGAGAUAUUCAUCUUCAGCAGAGGCUAAAGCAGCCGAAAAGGCUGGGCCGCACUGUCUUGGAGGUUUUCCCUUAAGGAUCAACAGAGUUAUUACAGAAAAAUUAAAUACUCCUCCAUGCCAAGCCUUUCAGACAGACUGUGUGUGAACUAGAAGUGGAGUAUAGGAGCACCGAAAGUGAUUUACUCUGAACAUCAUCCUACCACAAUGUGAACUAGAUGUUUCUGCAGGAUAAACCAGUGUAUAUUGUUACAUUUUGUACCUAGCAUUCAGUUUGAUUUAAUGUCUGUAUGCCCUACUGUAAAUGAUCACUUUUAUAUGUAUUUCUCAAAUGUUGAAGAGAAUGCUUGGUGAAUAAUACCACUUUUGGAUUAGGAUAAAUAUUAUCCUGUGGAAAACAUAUUUUAUGUUAUACUUGGAUUAGCCUAGUUAAUGUAUAAUUAAACUCUUUAAUCUGCACCUAACGGUCAAUAAUAUUUUUUGUUUAAAUUUGUGAAAAUACCUUGCUAUUUGUUCUCAUACAAACUAUGUGA